AUGGGGCUUGGAGCUACGCCACAGCAGCGUUCACACAUUGCUGAUUCCGUCUCAAUCCUUCAUUCAACCCUUCUACCCGAUUGUGAACGUGGUGAAGUCCAAUCGAUUCAUCACCCGAUUGACCCACAGGAGGCCUGCAAAAGCAAGGCGGCUCGUUGCGGCUCUUUGCGGAGGGUCAUGAGCGCCAUGCAGAGGCAGGCGGGCUGUGCUGCGUACGUGGAGCGUCUGCGGAAAGUGCUGCCCGCCCUUUCCACGCACGUGCUGCUGGCCGGCCUGCUCAUGAUCUACGCCUUCCUGGGCGCCGUCACCUUCACCUUGAUCGAGGGUGACAAGGACAAGGGCGAGGACACCAAGCUGAAGAAGCUGGUCAGCCAGAUCGUUAACCACACCGUCCGCCUCUCGCAGGCAGGCGAUAUGGAGAAUGGCACCAAGUACCACGACUACUUGAGCAUCGUCCUGGCAGAGUUCUACAAUCUGACCAUGCAAAAGCCCAUCAAGUGGAAUUUCCUGGGAUCGCUCUUUUUCUGCUGCACAAUCUUCACGACCAUAGGCUACGGGCACAUCGCGCCUUCCACGGACGGCGGCAAGAUCAUGUGCAUGGUGUACGCCACCUUCGGCAUUCCCAUCAUGCUGCUGGUGCUGGCCGACGUGGGCGACCUGCUGGCGCGCACGCUCACCACCAUCUACACGUCCUUCCGCCACCGCCUCGUGCCGGGGGGGCGGUGCGGCCGGCAGCGCUCGCCCGGCGAUGGGCCGGAGGGGAACGAUCUCCAGCGGUCGCGCACCAAAAUCGACGACAGCCACCGGCAUGAGGGCGAGGACGAUGCGGUGGACAUGCCCCUCAAAUCCCCCGGCAGCGACGUGGAGGGCGGCAGGGAGUUGCCGUCCACGGUCAGCGUCUCCGAGGGCGCUGAUGUCCCGGAAGCCGACAGAGAAGUCAAGGACUUGGACGUUCCCUUCACGCUCAUUUUCCUGAUCGUCUUCGUCUACCUGAUGUUCGGGACCUUCCUCCUGCCCUGCUGGGAGGAAUGGAGCUACCUGGACGCCUUCUACUUCGUCUUCGUGACAAUGACCACCAUCGGCCUAGGCGACAUCGUGCCAAAGCAUCCUAACUUCUUCAUGCUUACGUCCAUUUACAUCAUCAUCGGCAUGGCCAUCAUCUCCAUGGGGUUCAAGCUCACGCAGGACCGCAUCUUUGCGCUCUACGGCCGCAUCAGCAUCCCGCGCCAGAGACUAAGAGACUGCGUGAAAUGUGCCAGAUAGGCGCCGUCGAUGCCGCCGCCACCGCUGCCUACAUCCUGAGCGGACUUUCAAAAACAACAACAACAACAAAACCGAUAUGCCUUCCUACCUUCUUUGAAUAUUCCUACUCAAUACUACCAAGUGAAUGCAUGAACGUACAGGCGAUAUAAUGAAUUAUUUGUGAUUUGGUCAUUGCCUGCGUUUUACACACUCAUUAAGUAUCAGGGUUAUGCUGGUUUUGUUUGUUGCCCUUAAAUCCCGUAAAUAUAUAUUUGGGUUUUGCCCAAUAUUAUGCAAUGCUCAUUAUCAAAGACGUUGCUUUCAGAAAGUGAGCUGCAUUUACAUUGCGUCACUCAGCAAGGGAACUUGGGUGGUUUUGACAGGAGAAUGCUUCUCUACGGCAUAGCCGACGUUUGUAGUUGUCAACGGCGUUGCAUGGUGGGUGUACAUGUAUACAUUACGGGCCUAUUUAAUGCAUUAAUAAUGUGAAGCGUCAUGAUUUUAGUGAACGUAUACGAAAGCACAAAUGUCCCCUGUAGGUCCUCACACCGCUCACGUCCGCGUGCGAGUGAGUAUUCCGUAGUGCGUGACGCGACACGGAAAUGUGUUUUUUUCUUUCUCGUAGGUCAUGUAACUCAUUGGUUUUUAGCGACACGAAUGUUUACAUUAACUUGCACUUGCACAUAAUCAUACCUGUCAAUCCCUUAUCAGUGCCUACCUUCGUACAGACCAAUUGAGACUUUAUUGGUCACCCCGUGUCGUUAUAAAUCUCAACGUUCAUCCUAUAAAAUCCUAUUGCAAGGGAGAAACACAAACACAUAGACAAAAACAAAAUUUGCCCGUGUUGAAACAAGAAUACGGGUAAAUCGUGUGGGUUGACAGGUAUGCGGAAUGCAGAAUUAUUGGUGUGACCUUAUGACGUGCUCACGUCUUUUAAUCCCGUUUAUAAAAAGUAAAUUCCAUUUCACCAAAUCUUUUUCUCCCAUCACAAUACACAUACGUACUGUAAUCGCAUGAUUUUUUCCCCCCAUACCAUGUAAUUCACGUGGAAUUGUUUGAAUUUAUAUAUGAAAGCAUACAUAAUCACAAGUUAUUCGCAACAAUUGUUCCAAUGGCACAAGUUACUUCGAUGUAGUGAUUUAUUUACGGGCUAUAUUUGAUGAAUGGCAAGUAUGUCCACACAUUGAAUGGUUCACGAGAGAAGGUUAGUAACAUGGCAGUGCUUCCUGUGUACCGUGUGCAGUCAUUUUGUCAAUCCACUGCUGGAUGAGAGCCUCCCACCACGUGACCGUGCAUCUCGUGGGGGGCUGUUCGACCUUGCGUCACACUGCUAACAAACGCAGGCUGAGUUUCGCUCGGUUUUAUUUGGUGAUGCGGGCUGCUUUUCAAGACAGACCCACGGAGUACCUGACGAGAGAUGCUACAGUCGUUAGCAGCAAAUAACAAGACAGGAUGACAAGAAUGAAUUUUUUUUAUACGAGGUAGGUCGCUUCAACAUUCGAAAGACAUACAAUCAAGGGCAAAACUUUAGGGGACAGGAGGAACAACAACAAAAAUAAUCUAUAUAUGUAAAAAAAAACGAGUUAUGUAAAUCAUGCUUAUCACAUGUGCAAGUAAAAAUGGUAUUUGAAAUCGAGUGAGGAAUUUAAACGAGGCCCGGUGAUGGGAGAAAUAUUUUCCCGAAAACAUGAAGCGAGCUCAUUCCACGAAAGGGGAGCAGCAACACGAAAUGAUCCUCGAACCAAAGUUCGAGUCACUCUGGGCACGUAGAGAGAAGCACGAGAGAGGAAGUUUGGCUUCGCUGACGGAGGGGUUACAAAUGUGGGCGAGAGGUUUCAAGAUUUUGGUCGGCCACCAGCUGAAGGGCAACGGGAGGAAUUUCACCAGCGCCGGUGGCAGAAGAGGUAUUAUUUAAGGUCGAGACCAAGUUGAUGCAUUGUCUAGGUCAGACAAGUUCAAUUCUGGCUUCAGUCCCGGAUAUGACUUAUGGUCAGAGUGAAAAGUAUCGUACUGAUUUAGUUGAGUGUAUACUGGCUUCGUUGAUGUAUCGAAAACAUAGCCUGCCGAGGCCAAAUGGAGUUGAGUUCACUGACGAUUUAGAUUGAAGGCGGAGAGACAUUGAAGUAUAGCACAGUAGAACAAUACAUUUUUGCUGCAUUGCUCUGUGCUUCCAAUGCAGCCCUACAGCAGCAGCCUAUAACACCUGUUUUAUGCUUGGUGGUCACCCAGAAAUAUCCACCAGGCUCAGCGUCCGAUAUCUGACAAGAUCAGUCAGCCUCAUUCCGAGGGAUUUGGUCAGGAGCAUGCUUUCUAUAAAUAU